AUGAAGUACUUAGCUGCUUACUUAUUAUUGGUUGAAGGUGGUAAUGCCACUCCAUCUGUUGCUGACAUCAAGGCUGUUGUCGAAACUGUCGGUGUUGAAGCUAACGAUGCUAGAAUCAAGGAAUUGUUAGCUUCUUUGGAAGGUAAGGGUUCUUUGGCCGAAAUCAUUGCUGAAGGUCAAAAGAAAUUCGCUUCUGUCCCAGCUGGUGGUGCUGCUGCUGCCACCUCCGGUGCUGCUGCCGCUGGUGGUGCUGCUGCCGCUGAAGAAGAAAAGGAAGAAGAAGCCAAGGAAGAAUCCGAUGAUGACAUGGGUUUCGGUUUAUUCGAUUAA